UGGAGGCGGGCGGCGUGACCGACUCGCUCCUGUCCGGAGCUUGCGUGUUCUUCACCCUCUGCAUGUUCUCCACCGGCCUGUGAGAACGCGGCCGGGCCGGGCAGGGGCACACCAGGAAGUCAGGAGAGGGGUCCAGAUGGGGCCGCAGCGCCGGGCUGCGUGCGGAGUCUGGGAUCAAAUUGGAGUUGGGUGGAGGAGGCCGGGAUAACUGGCUCGGACAUCAGGCACAUGUGGAUCACCCGGAGCGUGGACAGUGUCCAAUUCCUGCCCUUUCUCACCACGGAUGUCAACACCCUGAGCUGGCUGAGUUAUGGGGCCUUGAUAGGAGAUGGGACCAUAAUCGCCGUCAACGCCGUGGGCACAGUGCUUCAGACCCUGUGUGUCUUGGUGUAUCUGCACUACUGCCCUCAGAAGCGUGUAGUGCUCCCUCAGACUGCAGCCACCCUGGUUGUCUUUCUCCUGGCUUUUGUCUACUUUUGGUUCCUGGUGCCGGAGGAGGACCAGCUUCAGCAGCUGGGCCUCUUUUGCUGUAUCCUCACCAUCUGUAUGUACCUCUCACCAAUGGCUGAUUUGGUCAAGAUCAUUCAGACUAAAUCAACCCAACGCCUCUCCUUCUCACUCACCAUUGCCUCUCUCUUCUCCUCUGCCUGCUGGACCCUCUAUGGGUUUCAACACAGAGACCCCUACAUCAUGGUGCCCAACCUUCCAGGAAUGUUCACAAGCUGCAUUCGACUCUGGCUUUUCUGGAAGUAUCCCAAGGAGAAAGAUAGGAACUAUCAGCUCCUGUAAACCUGAGGGAGCUCACCUGACCACUGGGCACCAUAAUGCCAACCUUUUACCAAAGAGUUCCUCAUUUCAGCUGUCCCUGAUGACUAGCUUCACAUGUUUUAAGAGACAACUUUGAGAACUGAGGGACCAGAUUUAUUUACAAGAUUGGGUGGGAACUAAGAGAUGAAUCACUUUUAUUUUUUAGAGAUUAUAUUUUUUAUUUUUGGAGGUUGGGGUGAAAUAUUUAGAAUGUGCCUUAAAAUAAAAUAUUCCGUUAUCCCUACGCACCACGGCUCAUUUUCUAUUCAAUGAUUCUUAACCUGUCCUGUUCAGUGAAAGACAGAGGUGCACUGCCCCAUCCAGAUAUUAUGGGCUGGUAAGGUUGGCUCAGAAAAGGUAUCUGAAAGAACAGAAGAAAACCUUAAAAAGAGCAGGGCUUGUAUAUUGUGAAGAAUGAAAGUUAGGUUUCAGAGCAAUGAGAUCACAGGUGCAGCCUGGGAGAUCUUGAGUGGAAUCUUUGCCUCCUUUGGAGCACAAACGAGGAACACCGGCAGCAAGCAAAGACAGGUGGUGGCCUCAGGACAGUGGUUCUUCUUGACACCGGCACAGAAAACCUCAGUUCCCAUCUCCAAACUCAAA